UAUUGCAAAAUUUCAUCUCGUUUGAUCUUGUCUCGUUGCCGUUUGUGUAAACAAAGUAAACUAACCAUAAUUACUUUUUUUCUUCGCUUGUCAAUUAUUAUAAACACUUAAGCAAGAAACGGAAACAAAAAAAAAUCCCUUGGUUUUAUAAUGAGUGAUAACGAGAUUGCAGUUAUGGAAGUGGAUGAAAUCCCGCCAAAACUUUCAAAAUCACAAGAAUCCCAAGUGGCAACAACUAGUGCUAGUGGUUCUAAAUGUACUUCACAUUUGCCAUGGAUAGAGAAGUACCGGCCGAUUGUAUUCAGUGACAUCGUGGGAAACGACGAUACAGUGUCGAGGUUAGCAGUGUUCGCCAAAUCGGGGAAUGCUCCUAACAUAAUAAUCGCCGGCCCGCCAGGUGUAGGGAAAACUACGACAAUCUUAUGUCUGGCACGCGCAUUGCUCGGCACCGCUUUCAAAGACGCAGUACUUGAGCUCAAUGCAUCCAACGACCGAGGCAUCGACGUCGUGCGUAAUAAGAUCAAAAUGUUCGCACAACAAAAAGUGACGCUACCCGCCGGGCGGCACAAGAUGGUGAUCCUGGACGAGGCAGACAGCAUGACGGACGGCGCGCAGCAAGCUCUGCGGCGCACCAUGGAACUGUACUCGCACACCACGCGGUUCGCCCUCGCCGCCAACAACUCCGAGAAGAUCAUCGAGCCCAUCCAGUCUCGCUGCGCCGUGCUGCGCUACUCGCGCCUCACGGACGCCCAGAUCAUGGCCAAGGUGCUGGAAGUGUGUGAGAAAGAGCAACUGUCGUACACGGACGAGGGCGUGAAUGCGGUGGUGUUCACCGCGCAGGGCGACCUGCGGUCGGCGCUGAACAAUCUGCAGUCCACGGCGCAAGGCUUCGGCCACAUCAGCGCGGAGCACGUGUUCAAGGUGUGCGACGAGCCCCACCCCAUGUUUGUGCGCGCCAUGCUGGAGGCCUGCCUGCGCCAGGACGUGCACGAGGCCUACAAGGUCGUGGCCAAGCUGUGCAAGCUGGGCUACGCGGCCGAGGACAUCGUGAGCAACAUCUUCCGCGUGUGCAAGACGCUGGACGCGGACGAGGCCACGCGGCUGGCGCUGGUCCGCGAGGUGGGGCUGACGCAGCUGCGCGUGGCGGACGGGCUGGGCUCGGCGCUGCAGCUGGCCGGCCUGCUGGCGCGCUGCUGCCGGGCCGCCGCCGCCCACUGACCCAGCUCGUGGCGGACGGGCUGGGCUCGGCGCUGCAGCUGGCCGGCCUGCUGGCGCGCUGCUGCCGGGCCGCCGCCGCCCACUGACCCGCGCACUUAACUAUGUAUUAUCUUUUUAUUUCUUGUAACUUGAGAGGAAAGGCCUAAUUACUUUUGAUAAAACCACAGGUCUUAUUUUCUGUAUGCUAAAUACUAAUCUGUCAAGAAAGUACCGGGAAAAGAUCAAUAAUACUCAAAA